UUUUUUCGAAAACAUAACCAAAACACCAAACGUACCUUCAUUAGUUGAUUGGGUGCAAAGGUGUAAUUGGAAUCUCCAAAUUCCCCCGAAAUCAAAAGAGGUGGACACACUUUCUCUCUCCUACUCCUGGAAAUGGCAGCCAUCUCCGGCUUCCCGCCUCACUUUCUCUCUCUAUCCUCGCACUAUCACUCCCAAACUACUACUACUACUUCCACUUCCUUUUCCUUCUUCUACCAUCAUCAUUCUUGCUUCCAUUCAAAUCGACGCUCCUGCAAUUCCCAAUUUUCUGUCGCUUGUCUUGCUUCCACCCCAUCUACCAAGAAAUCUAGGCCGAGUAGGAAGCUUAUGAGUGAUGAUGAACUACGCAAUGUUCUUCGAGAAUUCGUUGCUUCUGUUGGAUUGCCUGAGGGUCAUGUUCCUUCUGUUAAGGAGCUUUCGCAUCAUGGAAGGAAAGAUCUUGCAAACAUCGUUCGAAGGAGAGGGCACAAACUUAUUAAAGAGCUUCUCGCUAACUCUCCCAAUAUAGCAACCGAUGGGUUUGAUUCUUUCAAAGACAUAAGUAUUCAUUCCAUUGAAAAUAGUGACCAUGAGAAAACAGGUCAGGAGGAGAAGCUGGAUGAUUCAGCUGAAGAGCCUAAAGAUAUUCCUUUGGUGGAUGAUGAUUCUGCUACUGGAACUAGCUUGGUGACACAUUGUGAAUCAUCCUUCAUUUCUAAUGAUGAAAGUUCUGUAUCCGAAAAACAUCUAAUGUCCUUGCAGGAUAAGGUGGAAAAUUUUAUGAAGUAUGGACAAUUAGAUGCAGUUGAAGAUGAUAUGUAUGGCAAUUUAAACGUGAAUGAUGGCAGCAGCAUUUCAUAUCAUGGUCAGAGUUUUGUUGAAGGUGAACUGGUGAACCAUAGUGAAGUGGAUAUGAGACAUUUGGACCAUGUAAGCAACAAUAGUGUUGGACAGAAUGGCUCCCUAUUGCUAAAAAAGUUGACUUUUCCAUCAUUGGAGGACAAAAACAAAAGGGAUUUUAAUUCAUCUGUCCAAGGGCCACAAAAAACUGAUUUUGAUGACGAUGUACACAUUGAGGCUGUCAAAAAGGACAAUGAAGUUGAGAUCAGUCGUCUCAAACACAUGCUGCAUCAAAAAGAGUUGGAGUUAUCUCAGCUGAAAGAAGAGAUUGAGAAGGAAAAGCAAGCGUUGUCAAUUUUGCAAACAAAAGCUGAAAAUGAGAUUAUCAAAGCUCAAAAGCUUUUAUCAGACAAGGAUGCAGAGCUCAAUGCUGCAGAAGAGAGCCUUUCUGGUCUUAUGGAGGCAAAGAUUGAGUACUCAGGAGAAGGGCAAGUGGUAGAGGUAGCUGGUAGUUUCAACGGGUGGCAUCAAAGAAUUAAAAUGGAUCCGCAACCAUCAUCUGCUGUAGUGGACCCUGUUGGAUCAAGGAAAUCUAAGCUCUGGUCAACAUCCUUGUGGCUAUAUCCUGGGGUGUACGAGAUGAAAUUUAUCGUUGAUGGGCAUUGGAAAAUCGAUCCUGAAAGAGAAUCGACCAUUAAAGGUGGUGUGCAGAACAACAUUCUCCGAGUUGAUCGAUAAAAUGGCUUUGAUUGGGUUUGGUAAUCAAGACCCUACUGAAAUAGAUGGAUAGAUUAUGGCUACUCAUCAGUAUAGAAUUGUUAUCCAUAGUAAACUACCGCAUUAGGGAAUGUAAUGUAAUUCAGUUAUGGACCUUCCAAGGCUUCAAGCCAUGAUCUUGCUUCUUAUUUGGUUAUAGUUAUUGUCAAAUAAAUUUCGCCACCAUUGCAGUGGCUGUCAAGCAUGAAGGUUGCUGGUAAUUAAAAAGGUAAUCGCUCAUGCAUCAGAUGGAGCAUCCAUCGUCCAAACUGGUCCAUUUACUAUUAAAUACAAGCAGAUGGAGCUUCUAUCUUUCGAAUUGAUCCAUUAUGAUUACAUGUGAUGAGUAAUAAGGCUUUUUAAUUGUCAAUUUAUGGGGUUAGUUUAUGUUUUUAUUAGCUUAUUUACUUAGUUUUGGUCUUCUAUUUUCAGAGUCUAGUUGUAUUUGAAUCAAAAAUAUUUUAUUAUACAGAAAUAUAUGUACAGAUUAAACAGU